AUGGGUAGUGAUUAUAGCGUCUCAUAUGCGGACAUCGAAAACAAGGAAAACGAAACUCAGGUCAUCUACAAUGCUGUCGCCAAGAAGUAUGGCGAAGAAAGAUAUGUUUCAAAUUAUCCAGAUGCGCCAGAGAUUGGUACACUUUAUGAUGUGAUUGAAUACACUGCGAAGAAGUUCCCUGACAUACCAUUCCUUGGAAACCGUAUUUAUGCCAAUGGAAAGUGGCAAAAUGAGUUCAAAUUUAUGAAUCGUCUUGAAUUCCGUAAACAGAGAGAUGCACUUGGUUCAUCAUUGCGUACUAACUUCCCUUCACUUGGACAAAACGUUGGUAUCUUGAGUCAUAAUAGAGUUGAAUGGGUUUUGGCUCAACAUGCUUGCUAUGCAUAUAGAUAUGUACCUGUUCCUAUUUACGAUACAUUUGGUAUUGAUAACAUGCUUUUCAUCAUUAACUUCGCUCACCUCACUCAUGUUUUCAUAUUUUCAACAAAAGUUCAAAUGUUGUUGGAUGCGAUUGAUGAAAACUGCUGCUUAACUGAUUUGAUCAUUAUUGAGUCAGAAGACACUCCAUUUAACUAUGAUCAAUAUCGCAAUCAUAGAAUCAGAUUCCACAAGUUCAACGACUUGCUUAGUUGCCCACAUAUUUUACCAAACACUCCACCAAAACCACAAGAUCCAGCCUUCAUCAUGUUUACUUCAGGAACAUCUGGAAAUUCUAAGGGUGUUGUAAUCUCUCAUUCAAACAUGAUCGCCACAUCAAGUGCUACAAUUAUUUACGUAUCUCAUUUCACAACAAAAGAUAGAUACCUCUCAUACUUACCACUUGCUCAUGUCUUCGAGUCAAUUCUUCAUGUCAUUGCACAAAAAUCUGGAACUCCAAUUGCCAUUUACUCAGGAGAUAUUAAGCGCCUUACAGAAGAGUUCAAGAUCAUCAGACCAACAGUUGUCAGUGGCGUUCCAAGAGUUUUCGAAAGAAUCCAUGAGGGAGUUCAAGCACAGUUAAAGAAGAAAUCUGCCAUGCUUCAAUCUGUUUUCAGUGCAGCCAUCUCUAUCAAGUCAGCUCUUCUCAGAAACCUCCGCAUUAAGAAAGUUCCAAUCUUCGAUAUGAUCUUCAAUCCAGUCAGACAGGCUAUGGGUGGCUGCUGCAGAUUGAUUGUCUGCGCGGGCUCAUACAUGCCACCAGAACUUUCUCAUUUCAUGAGACUUGCUUUCAACUGCGAUUUCGUCAUUGGCUACGGUCUCAGUGAAACAUCUGGUCCAAUUCUUGGUCAGGCCGAUUCAGAUUGCCAUGAUGGAACAUGCGGAAUUCCAUAUCCAUGCGGCGAAGUCAAACUUGUUGAUGUCGAAGAAAUGGGAUUCUUCGCCAGCAAGAAGGAAGGUGAGUUACUUGUAAGAGGAGCCGGUGUUAUCUCUGGCUAUUACAAGAACCCUGAAGAGCAGAAGAUUAAUUUCGAAGACGGAUGGCUCAAGACAGGAGACAUUUUCAGAGUUACAGAAUCAGGACAAUUACAGAUGGUUGGAAGACGUAAAGAGAUUAUUAAACUCUCUCAAGGCGAAUACGUCUCAAUUCAGAAAUUAAUGAAUAUCUACACACAAGUUAAAGGUGUUGCUCAGCUUUAUAUCCAUGCCGGAAUGUCCUCCAGAUUCUUAACUGCUGUUGCCGUUCUUGAAAACGGAUUCGCAGCAGAUGAGAAUUUCUUACUUAAGAAAUUCGCUGAAAUCGGUAAGGAAAACAAACUUAAUGGUUUCGAGAUGAUCAGAGGAGUUUUUAUCUCCCCUGAAGAAUUCUCGCCAGCAAAUGGAUUGUUAACUCCAUCCAUGAAGCAAUGCAGAAGAAGAAUUGCUGAAAAGUAUGCUCAGCAGCUUCAAGCACUUGAGGCAAAGUCUGCCUAA